UAUCAGAAAACCUCAAAGAAGAAUAAAGAAAAACAAAACACGAUGGCUUCUUUCGCUAAAGACACACAAGUGAAGCUUCCAAGACCAACGCGAGUCAAGAACAAGACUCCAGCACCGCUCCAAAUCACCGCAGAGCAGCUCCUAACAGAAGCUCGAGAGAGACAAGAGUCUCAGAUCCUGCCACCUCAGCAGAACAUCACUGACUCAACAGAGCUUUCUGACUACAGACUCCGCCUUCGUAAGGAGUAUGAAGACCGUAUCCGCCGCCCAGGACCAUCUACACAAGUCUUUGUAAACUACGCACGUUGGGAAGAGUCUCAAAAGGAUUAUGUACGUGCUAGAAGCGUGUGGGAACGUGCCUUGGCACGUGAUUACAAGAACCAUGCACUCUGGCUCAAGUACGCAGACUUCGAGAUGAAGAACAAGUUCCUCAACUCAGCUAGAAAUGUUUGGGACCGAGCCGUCACGGUUCUCCCGCGCGUGGACCAGUUUUGGUACAAGUACAUACACAUGGAGGAGAUGCUUGGGAACAUCUCCGGAGCUAGAGAUAUAUUCGAGCGGUGGAUGAAGUGGUCACCUGAUCAACAAGGCUGGCUCUCGUUUAUCAACUUCGAGCUUCGGUAUCAAGAAACAGCACGUGCGAGAGAUGUCUACGAGAGGUUUGUCCUUUCUCACCCCAAACCUUCUUCUUACAUCCAAUACGCAAAGUUUGAGGCGAAGGGAGGUGAAGUCGCACGCGCGAGGGACGUGUACGAACGCGCCGUGAAGAAUCUUGGAGACGACGAAGACCUCUUUGUGGCCUUUGCUGAGUUCGAAGAGCGUUGCAACGAAGUGGAACGAGCUAGGGUGAUCUACAAGUUUGGUCUUGAUCGUGUCGGAAGAGGAGAGGAGCUGUACAGAAAGUUUGUAGCGUUUGAGAAACAGUACGGGGACAAGGAAGGGAUCGAUGACGUCAUUGUCGGGAGGAGAAGGGUUGAGUACGAGGAGCAAGUGAGGAAGAGCCCUCUGAACUAUGAUGCGUGGUUUGAUUACGUUAGGUUAGAGGAAGAGGAGGCUUCUUCCGUGGGAGACAAGGAAAGGGUCAGAGAAGUUUACGAGAGGGCUAUUGCUAACGUUCCACCGGCUAAUGAGAAGCGUUACUGGAGGAGAUACAUUUAUCUGUGGAUUAACUAUGCUUUGUAUGAGGAGAUUGAAGCUGAAGAUGUGGAGCGUGCACGUCAAGUAUACAGAGAAUGUCUGAAGCUUGUCCCACACGCAAGCUUCUCUUUUGCUAAAAUAUGGCUAUUGGCUGCACAGUUUGAGAUCAGGCAACUGAAUCUCAAGGGUUGUCGGAAGUUACUUGGGAAUGCAAUUGGUAUAGCUCCAAACAAAGAUAAGAUCUUCAAAAAGUAUAUCGAGAUGGAACUUCAGCUGGGAGAGAUUGAUAGAUGCAGGAGACUAUACGAGAGGUAUCUUGUAUGGUCUCCUGAUAAUUGCUACGUGUGGUGCAAGUUUGCUGAGUUUGAGAGUUCACUCGAGGAAAUAGAAAGAGCAAGAGGUAUAUUCGAGCUUGCGGUAUCUCAGACUACACUUGACUUGCCCGAGUUGGUAUGGAAAGGUUACAUCGAUUUUGAGAUGUCACAAGGGGAGGUAGAGAGGAGGCGUGCUUUGUAUGAGCGACUCUUGGAACGUACGAAGCAUUACAAGGUGUGGGUUAGUUUUGCAAAGUAUGAAGCUGGUGAACAAGAUGAAGAUGAGGAAGAAGAUGGUAUUGAACGCAAACAAGAGUGCAUCAGACGCACUAGAGCGGUUUUUGACCGAGCCUACGUGUAUUACAAAGACGUUAUACCGGAGAUGAAGGAAGAAAGGGCAAAGCUGUUGGAGGAUUGGUUUAAUAUGGAGGUGGGAUUUGGUAUGCUCGGGGAUGUUAGCAUUGUAGAGUCAAAGCUCCCUAAGAAGCUCAAGAAGAGAAAGGCAAUAACUGGAGAAGACGGUUCGGUAGAGUAUGUUGAGUACACUGAUUAUCUCUUCCCUGAAGAGUUGCAGGCUUCGAACCUCAAGAUUCUUGAAGCUGCGUAUAGAUGGAAGAAGCAGAAGGUUGAUGCUGUGUGA